CUGGGACUACGCGGGGACCCCGAGGGCAGCGCAGCGGGGCUGGGGGGGGGGCGGAGGGGCCGGGCCAUGGCUGCGCUGCUCGGCACCUACCCCUGGCCGGAGCGGUUGGAAGGGGACACGGCCGAGGGGCUGCCCCCGAGGCCACCCCCUCGUUGUCCACCGGGGGAGAAAAGCUCCGAGAGCCGCAUCCGCCGGCCCAUGAACGCUUUCAUGGUGUGGGCGAAGGACGAGAGGAAGCGCCUGGCCGUACAGAACCCCGACCUGCACAAUGCGGAGCUCAGCAAGAUGCUCGGCAAGUCCUGGAAGGCUCUGAGCCUCUCUCAGAAGCGUCCCUACGUGGAGGAGGCCGAGCGGCUGCGGGUGAAGCACAUGCAAGAUUACCCCAACUACAAGUACCGGCCGCGGCGCAAGAAGCAGGUCAAGCGCAUCUGCAAGCGGGUGGACCCCGGGUUUUUGCUGGGCAGCCUGGCACGGGACCAGAACACCGUGCCGGAGAAGCGGACCUGCGGCCGGGCUGGGGGGGAGAAGGAGGGGCAGGGUGAGUACCCCCCUCACCCGGGGCUGCCGUCCGUCCGGGGCUACCGGGAGGCCCCGGGCAGCGGCGGCACAAGUGUGGACACCUACCCCUACGGGCUGCCCACCCCUCCAGAGAUGUCUCCGCUGGAUGCCAUAGACCCUGAGCAGAGCUUCUUCUCCUCGCAUUGCCCUGACGAGCAUCCCUGCUCCCACCUCGCCGGAGCCACCUACUCGCCAGAGUACACGGGCAGCUCCCUCCAGUGCAACCACCACCCUCUCAGCCCUAUAUCACAGCCGGCCACCUGCAUGAUACCCCCAGCUUCCAGCUGUGCUCCCCUUCCUCCUCCUCCUCCUCCUCCCAGCUACUACACGCCUGCCUUCCCCUCCCUGCACCCCUCUAGCCUCCAUGCCCACCUGGGCCAGCUUUCCCCACCACCUGACCAUCACAGCUUUGACACCUUGGACCAGCUGAGCCAAGCUGAGCUCCUGGGGGAGAUGGACCGCAAUGAGUUUGACCAGUAUCUCAAUAACCCCAGCCACAGCGACCACCAUGGUGGUGUCUUGGUCAAUGGACAUGUCCCUGUGUCUGGCAGCUCCCAUGCCUCUGAGACCAGCCUCAUCUCUGUCCUCGCUGAUGCCACAGCCACCUACUACAAUAACUACAGCGUCUCCUAGAACCCUACUGGGGCUGCCUGGACCGGCCAAGGAAGGACCAGACACAGUAUUACAAGGCAUUGCUCCCUUGGGACAUCACUCACCACCCCUCAGGGUGACCAAGUCCAAACCUUGAGGGCCAUGGAGUCUCCUUGGUGGCAUAGGUAAAGGAUUUCAGUUGUUGGCACACCGCUGGUGCAAAGCCUCGGAUGCCCUGCUCUGAAUGGAGCUGAGGAGGGAUUUCCCAACGCUAAAGCCCUCUGGCCAAGUCCCUCUUCCUAAGCAGAGGUGCUCCUGGCAGCACAGGAAGGCUGCUUUCGUUUCGGGGCACCCCCAGCUCUGCUUUGGAGUCGAGAGGGUGGCAGCAUCCCACAAACAGCAGGUCUGAAGUCCUGAUGGGGAAAAAAGCAAAACACACUGGAAGGGGAAAAGGUAGGGAUGGGGGAAAAGGGAAGAUUUGGGUAAAAGAAUACAUGGUCUGUAAGCUG